AUGAAUGGGAAAGGCGGUUACACGGAAACAUAUGUCCAAGGCCCCGAACGGGCAAGAUGGCCGCCGCUCACGAGAAUGCUGAUGUCGGGCGAGAUGAGCGGCGAGCCCCCGAGGAACCUGACCAUGAAAGAGAAAUUUGAUCGAUGGAUGGUAAAUGAGGGCUGGCGGAGAUUCACUGUCUUGGUCUUUGCUCUGGCACAUUUGAUGAUCUUUGCUUUUGGCCUGCUGCACUAUGGCCUCAAGGACAAUCUUACGGGAUCAAGAGCUACUUUCGGUGCUACGUUUGCAAUUGCGCGAUCGGCCGCCCUUGUUCUUCACUUUGAUGUUGCCUUGAUCUUAUUUCCUGUUUGCCGCACCCUCAUUUCUUUACUGAGGCAGACCCCUAUUAACGGCAUCAUCCAAUUCGAUAAAAAUAUCACCUUCCAUAAAUUGGUGGCUUGGUCGAUUGUCACGUUCUCGUGGAUCCAUACAAUCGCUCACUGGGUUAACUAUGGCCAGCUCGCCGUAAAACAAGGCUUGGGAGUCCAAGGCUUUCUCCUUGCCAAUGUUGUUACAGGACCUGGCUGGACCGGGUACAUAAUGUUAUUUGCGCUGAUGGCAAUGGUUUUUACAUCACUCGAAAAACGUCGUCGAUCAAAUUUCGAGAGAUUUUGGUAUACGCAUCAUCUCUUUGUCGUUUUCUUUGUCUUCUGGGCAUUUCACGGCGCCUUCUGCAUGAUCAAGCCUGAUUUCCCUCCCUUUUGCGCUGGUACUGGUGUAUUUUGGAUGUAUUGGAUAUAUGGAGCCGUCAUCUAUCUGGCAGAGAGAGUGCUGCGUGAGGUUCGGGGACGCCAUAAGACUUACAUCACAAAGGUUGUCCAGCAUCCGAGCAAUGUUGUUGAAAUUCAAAUGAAAAAGGAGAAAACGAAAACGCGAGCAGGCCAGUACAUUUUCCUAUGCUGCCCCACGAUAUCAGUUUGGCAGUAUCACCCAUUUACGCUUACGAGUGCCCCCGAAGAAGAUUAUAUUUCCGUACACAUUCGAUGCGUCGGGGAUUUCACCAAGGCCCUUGCAAAAACACUAGGAUGUACCUUCGACGAAGGCAGAGGAGGCAAAGGAGGCGGUGGUGGUAAGGGCAAGACAAACGUUGUCGGCGUGAACAGCCAAACCUCUCCAGACGACGUGGAUCCCAGCAUCCGCCGGGUUCUUCCCAGAGUUUACAUUGACGGCCCAUUUGGCAGUGCAUCAGAGGACGUCUUCAAGUACGAGGUUGCCCUGCUUGUUGGAGCGGGUAUCGGCGUGACCCCUUUUGCAUCCAUCCUGAAGAGUAUCUGGUAUCGGAUGAAUUUCCCGCAGACCAAGACGCGCUUGCGCAAAGUCUAUUUCUUCUGGGUGUGUCGAGACUUUGGCUCCUUCGAGUGGUUCCAGUCCCUGCUUCUUGCGAUUGAGGCCCAGGACAAGGCCAAUCACAUUGAAAUCCACACUUAUCUAACGGCCAAGAUCCGUCCUGACGACGCCACGAAUAUCAUGAUCAACGACGCCAACGCUGAACAAGACACCAUCACCGGCCUGCGUGCCCCGACGAACUUCGGCCGUCCAAACUGGGAUAUGGUCUUUAGGUCGAUUCGAAAACUCCAUGCUCCCGCAGAGGCGGGUGUGUUCUUCUGCGGGCCAAAGCCCCUGGGCAGCGUGUUGCAUGUAAAAUGCAACAUGUACUCCGAGCCCGGGUUUAAUUUUGUCUGGGGCAAAGAGAACUUUUAA